UGUAAUCGUCUGUCAGAAAUGACAGAUUUGAUAAAAUGUAGACUUCUUUAGAUUUUGUAUUUCUGUUGGCAUUUCUUAGUUUAUUCUCGAUCGAAAUUACCGUGUGUUCUGUGCAAGUGAUGGGAGAAGACAACAAUAUGGAAAUAUGAAAGCGAAACCAUUUUGGAAAAGACUGCGAUGUCGAGUCGUAACACUGCAUUCUUUCGGCCUUCUGCUGUGUUAGGUGAUCACGCAUGUCCAGUAGAAUGUAUAACCAAAUUGAUGUUGUUUAUUGCCAUCGUCAUAAUAGUAUUGUAUAUACCUCUAGGAAAAUUCCAUCUAAAAUGCGACCCUGAAUGUUGUAACCGCGCGCUGCCACCACCACCUCCAAAAGAGAUGCACAGUUCUACCAUGUGCUGCCUCUGCGAUGUAUAUAAGAGGCUGGUGCAAGUUGGACAAGUCUCUAUGGAGGUGGUGGAAUUGUUUCUGUGCACCUCUAUAAAAGUUAUGUAUGAAGUCAAGUUGAAGUUCUAUGAAGUGUUGGAUGCGCUGGAUCGACGGGACCUGUGUCGGUCGGUCUGUUGCAAAAUCGAGCAAGCAAUAGACCCUAAAAUGCCUCCAUGUGCACCAAUACCAAAAGAAAAGGUAACUUGUAAGUGCGACAAACAAGAUAAAGUAAAAUGUGGAUGCAAGCAUGAGAAGAACAAGAAAGUCGUUUGUGAGUGUGGCAGUGACGAUUCGUGCCCCUGUUGAUACAACGAUGCUGGAACCACAUAGCCUAAUCAAAAUGUAAACGUGUAUUGUUGAUAAAAAUACUUGAAAGUUUUGGUGUUUUUUAAUAAACAUUUACAACAGCAA